UGUCAAUGGUGGUACAUCUUUUAGUAAACGUCCGUUUCAAAAACCGCAUCUACGAAUCAGCCGUGACGAUCGACUCAUACAUUAAUCUCCCUCUAUAUAAACACACCAACCCAAAUCAUGAACACCACCAACUCACACUCAUUCAUCACCAUCAACACCAAAAAUGGCAGUACUCAAGAGAAUCAAACUGGGUUCACAAGGGCUCGAGGUAUCAGCACAAGGACUCGGCUGCAUGGGCAUGUCCGCAUUUUACGGACCUCCAAAGCCGGAAUCCGACAUGAUUGACCUCAUCCACCACGCCAUUGACUCCGGUGUCACUUUUCUUGACACUUCCGAUAUCUACGGACCUUUCACCAAUGAAAUUCUUCUGGGCAAGGCUCUUAAAGGUGGGGUUAGAGAGAAAAUGGAGCUGGCUACUAAAUUUGGGAUAGUUUUUGAAGAUGGGAAAAGGGAGAUUAAAGGUGAUCCAGCUCAUGUAAGAGGUGCUUGUGAGGCUAGUUUGAAGCGGCUUCAAGUUGAUUCUAUUGAUCUUUAUUAUCAACAUAGGAUUGAUACUUCUAUUCCUAUUGAAAUCACGAUGGGGGAAUUGAAGAAAUUAGUUGAAGAGGGUAAGAUAAAGUAUGUAGGUUUAUCUGAGGCAUCUGCUUCAACAAUCAGAAGAGCUCAUGCUGUUCACCCGAUUACAGCUAUUCAAUUGGAGUGGUCCUUGUGGACAAGAGAUGUGGAAAAGGACAUUGUUCCUAUUUGCAGGGAACUUGGCAUUGGCAUUGUUGCAUACAGUCCUCUUGGACGGGGAUUCUUUUCUUCAGGGCCUAAGCUGGUUGAAACAUUUGAAGAAGGUGACUUUCGGAAGUACUUGCCAAGGUUCGAACCUGAAAAUCUCGAGCAUAACAAACGCCUUUUUGAGAGGGUUAAUGAAAUUGCAGCGAGGAAACAAUGCACUCCGUCACAACUAGCACUGGCCUGGGUUCAUCACCAAGGAGACGAUGUGUGUCCCAUUCCUGGAACUACCAAGAUAGAGAACUUCAACCAGAACAUCGGAGCUCUGUCUGUGAAACUUACACCUGAAGAAAUGGCUGAACUUGAAUCCAUUGCCUCUGCAGAUGCUGUAAAAGGUGAAAGAUAUGGCGGCAGCGCGUAUACAUUUGAGUCGGCGGACACUCCUCCUCUGUCUUCAUGGAAAGCCGUUUAAAAUGUAGUCAGCAUGUGUGAGUUACAUCCUCGUCAUCUUCUGGAUUUCAAGGUUUUCGCUUCUGCCUGUCUAGUAUACCUUAUAGACAGAGAAAAUAUCUGUGUUACAAACAAUGUCAUGUUUCAAUUUGAAAAAAUGAAUCAUUUUCAAUA